AGCAAGUUAGCAAUCCAAGGUCUGAAACCAACGAAGCUACUUUGGCUCUUCAUAUUCGCAAUGUCCUUCUUGAGAAACUUCUUUGGCACUUCCGCUGUUGCGGCGAAGGACGAGAAGACGCCUAUCCGGGCACUGCCCGCUUCCUGGUACACUUCUGAGGCUAUGUACCAGCUUGAACGACGAUCUAUCUUUGCCCGGAAGUGGCUUCUCACCACACACAAGCACCGAGUCCCCAAUGCGGGUGACUGGGUCCAAUAUGACGCCGCUGGGUACGCGUUCGUCGUCGUCAAGGAUCACCACGAAAACAUCAACGCAUUCCACCAGCACAAUCUCUCGCCAAUUCACGUGCACAUUGACCGCAAUGGUUUCAUCUGGGUGAAUCUAGAUUCUGCCGAAACCCCCGAAGUGGCCUGGAAGGAUGACUUUGACGGCGUUGAUGAGCAACCCCGGUUCCAACACUACAAUUUCGACCAAUACGUCUUCGACCACACCUGGGAUAUGGAAGGCGACUUCAAUUGGAAGAUUUUAGCUGACAACUACAACGAGUGCUACCACUGCCAAGUGGCUCAUCCUGAUAUUCCUACGAUUGCGGAUCUGAAUUCUUACUACGUGAAGACCAAGGACGGCCACAUCCAGCAUUAUGGCGCGCAGCGACCCGACCAAAUCGAGAAGGGCUUCCGGAUAGCCACUACCUACUUUUGGCCCAAUGCCUCUUGCAAUGUCUCGCCGAAUUUCUUCUUCAUGCAGCGAUUUACCCCUCUCAGCCCGACGAAAUCAGUAAUGCGGUACGAGGUAUAUCGCCAUAAGGAUGCAACGGACGAGGACUUCAAUCUUAUCAGCGACAUGUACAAACGGAUUAUGUCUGAGGACAAGUAUCUCUGUAUUCAUACCCAGAAGAACCUCAACGCCGGCGUUUUCAUCAACGGCCAGCUUCACCCCGAAAUGGAAAAGGGCCCGCUCCACUUCCAGAAGACUGUGCGAGACGUUGUCACAGAACACCGCAAGAAGGAGGAGAUCGCUGGUCAUGAAAUCUGGCCUGCUCAACAGUCUCUUCCCAAGAAUGCUGCGGUCAACCAAGAGGAUAUCGCGUUCCGCACAGGCACAGACAACUACAUCAGUGGGAAGAAUGAGUUGACGGACACUUUGAGUGGCAAUCAUGCUGUGGCAAUAGCUGUUUAG